GCACACAAUGCACGCACAACAGUGCUACGUCUCUCAUUUGUCUUGCCGUCGCUUUUCUUGGUUUUUCCGUGCGCGCAGCCCCAUAGUCUGGGUUCCCUUGAAAGUGUCGCCGGCUCCGUAAUUCUGUUGUCUCGCCGUCGGUCGGCCGCACCCGCAACAAAACCUGCUGGAAGAAAUCGUUCUGACGGAGAGAAAGGGAGACAGUGCGGCUCCGCUCGCUGCGCACCCCGCGCCCACCCCCGGCACCAACCCCGCGCGCGCGACACUGAGUUGCAGCCAGCCACCAGCCAGUCUCGAAUGCGACGCCGGCCCAGGCGGAAACGCGCCAGCAGUGUUUAGUCAGCAACGCGCCAUGGACAACCCUGGCUUCGGCGAAACCAGCUUCCACGGGGAGAAUUACCCUUCGUACCCACAGGAUGCGCCCCAGCAGCCUGUGCAGAACUUGCAAGAGCAGUACAACUACCCUCAAACAGACGAAAGAGCGACGUUGGCAGGAGAACAGCAAGGGGGUUCGAGUCGGUUCCGCAGUCUGUUCGAGCAGCAUCGUCACGAGACCGUCACAUAUUGCUUCGUCUUCUGGUCUUUCGGAAUGUGCGUCGCUCUUCUGGGACCAACCCUCAUGGACCUCGGGUGCAAAACAUCCAACCCCGACCUCUUCAGCACCAUGAGCUGGGCCUUCUUCUCGCAGAGUCUGUUCACUCUUCUGGGCUCGGCGAGCGGUGGGAUGCUGGCCCAGAGGUUCGGUGCGCAUCCCAUGCUUCUGCUCGCUUGCAUCAUGCUUGCGUGUACGCUGUCCGUCAUCGCGCAGUGCGACAGUCUGUCCAGUCUGGCCCUGGUCCUUGGCAUCAUGGGCUUCUUCAUGGGCACCAUCGACACGGUGGCCAAUCUGUCUAUGAUCAGACUCUACAACAAAAAUGUCGCUCCCUUCCUCCAAGCGCUGCACUUCUUUUACGGACUUGGCGCUUUCCUCUCACCGUUGAUCUCGAUGCCGUUCUUGAUGAGUCACGGCUGCACUGGAAAGAAAAUCGACCAACACAGUCACCAUUUAUAUCACCAUGCGGACAUGCACGCCUCGUAUUUACAAGAAAUGACGCACAACAUAACCUCGUCCAUUUCGAUUACAAACAAUACUGUCGUAGAAAAAACCGAGAUGGCCGUCUCUAAAAUCCAGUACGCUUUCUGGAUAAUGGCUGUUUUACAAAUUCCUGUGAUAAUCAUGAUUGGCUCAUUGGUGUGGAGGGAAAAGUCGGCUGCGAUUAGGCCAGCUGAGGAUUCGUACGAAUUUGAUAGCAGAGAUCUUAAAAAGCUAAACCCCUUUGCUACUGAGCUUCAGCAGCAAGCAGACGCUUUCGUCACUCCUUUCCAGGUGACCAUGAUCACCUCAUUAACAUCUUCUUUGCUCUUUCUAUACGAUGGACUCCAGUCAUCGUAUGGCGGCUAUGUUUACUCGUACGCUGUAAAAAGUCUGAGCGUGCCAAAAGCUGCCUACCUGAAUGCCUGUUUUUGGGGUUUCUUCGCUUUUGGCCGACUCAUCUCGAUAUGGCUGGCCACGAGGAUGGUGCCCCUCUUCAUGCUCUUAACAAACGUCAUGGGUUGCGUGGUCGCGAUGACAUUGAUGACGUGUGUGCGGCACAGCAAUUCUGUGCUCUAUAUCGGCACUGCCACUUUUGGUCUCUUCCUCAGCAGCAUUUACCCGACCGCGAUUUCUCUCGCAGAAUUCUACAUUCCUCUAACUCCUACCAUCACUUCCAUUCUCGUUGUGACAGCAGCUUCAGGUGAAAUGCUGAUGCCCGUCAUUGUUGGACACGCGUUUGAAAUGAUGGGCCCUUCCAGUUUCAUGGCCAUUGGAUUCUUCCUCACGACACUCUCAGUCUUGAUUUUCGUCGCCAUCUAUCUCACUGGCACAACAAUUAAAUGCCAGUCGCCUUCAAACGGAGUCAUGGGCUACCUGACCUCCCUCUUUUCUGGAAAACACGCCAAUGUCGAGAAUGAGGACUCUGGUUUGAUGCGGCAUCACGUCAGGUACUACUCGAGGAUGCAAGAGGGCCACUCUGAAAACGACCUCUCCUUUGGCGCGAACCAGCAGCCACAGUAUCAGCAGCCACAGAAUCAGCAGCCACAGCAGCAGCAGCCACAGCAUCAGCAGCAGCAGCAAUAUGAUUACGAGCCUCAAAUGCCUCAAAAUUAAAUUAACUUAAGCGUCAUUCAUAUUACAGAUUAAAAACACUUUUGCAUGCUCGUUCGCUCAUUCUCAUAAUAUAAAUAAAAAUUAAAUGGCUUCGACUUAAUAUAAAACUUAUAUACAAAGCCAUGUUCAGCUUCAUUACCUUUUUUAAGCAGGUCGAGUUUACACUGACAAUAAUAACAACGGUAUUGUUCCGAUUUCAUCUUCGCUUGUUCUAAAAGUAUGUAUAUAUACAUUGUUAUGCAUGAAGUUAACCUCAAAUAAAUCCUACCAAUUCAAUAUCAGACUGAAUCUGAUUGUUUUCAA